GCCGCCAUGGACCUGCUGUUCGUGCUGCUCCGCGGCCUGCGGAUGGCCCUGGACCUGCUGGUCCUGGUGCUGGACGUGAACUUCUUUCUGGUGUCCUCGCUGGUGUCGGCUCUGCUCUGGCUGCUGGCCGCGGCCUGCAGCCUCCCCGCCGCCGCGGCCGCCGGGGCGCUGGCCUGCUGGGACGGGCUGCUCCUCUCGCUGGCCUCCCUGGCCCGGGCGGCCUCCUGCCUGGCGGUGGGCGCCCUGCAGGGGCUGGCCGGCCUGCUGCGGGGCUGCUGCUGCGGCCUGGAGGGGCUGAAGGUGGCAGGGCACCUCCUCUCGCACCUGACGCUGCGGUGCAAGGAGCUGCUGCACCGCGGGCUCUGCGGCCUGCUGGGCUGCGGGCAGGCCCUGGCCAGGCAGGUCUGCGAGGGCCUGGCCAUCGGCACCAGCCUGCUGGCCUACCUCGUCAACAGCCUCAUCAACGUGUGCCUCAUCGGCACGCAGAACCUCUUCACCCUGCUCGCAGCCCUGUGGGACUCCGUCGCCGGCCCCUUCCUCCGAGUCACGGACCUGCUGGCCGCUUUCCUCGCGCACAUCUCCAGCGGAGCCAUCGCCGUGUCCAUCCUGCUGUGGUCGCCCUGCCAGCUGGCCUUCGAGCUCCUGGCCUCCGUCGCCGAGCUCUUCAUCAACAUCUUCUUCGUGAAUAUUUAUGGCCUGGGCUUGCUCCUCCUCAUUAUUGUUGUCAGCGCCUUUGUCUUCAACCCUGGACUGCUGUGGACACUGACAGGCUACGUGCUGGGCUACUUCAACACGCUGCCUUCCUACCACCGCCUGCAGCGGGAUGUGUGGCGGCUCUAUCAGGUGGCGGUCCUGACGCUGGGUAUGGCCAUGACCUCUCAGGCCUGGCGCAGGUUGGUGGACUGGAGCCUGCAGGUGACCAACUGGAGCCGAGGAGGCAGAAUGAUGAACCAGGAAAGCAACCAGCGAGGGGCAGCUGCACCGGCCCCGAGACCCACAGUCCCCAGCAGGCUGGUGCUGGCAGGGGUCGGCCAGCUGCCAGCCGAGCACGAGGGCCAGCUGAAUGUGGAGCAGGUACCACAGGCGCGUCCUGCUCUGAGUCGAAGUGCUGUGGCAGGACAGCGUCUCCAGCCGCCCAGGGAGGAACCGAGCACCUCCUGGGGCAAAGCUCCGAGGAGGCAGCAGCUGAAUGCAGCAGCUGCAGAUGGUCAGGGCACUCCGGAUGAUGACCCCUGGAUGCUCCUGAAAGAACAAGAGGAACGUAAGAAAUGUGUCAUCUGUCAAGACCAAACCAAGACAGUCCUGCUUCUGCCCUGCAGGCACCUGUGCCUGUGUCAGGAGUGCACAGAAGUUCUCCUGCAGCAGGCCAUCUACCAGCGCAACUGCCCGCUGUGCCGCCAGAUGAUCCUCCAGACGCUCAAUGUGUACUUGUGAGCCCAAGGCGUGGGUAGCUUGGGUCAUUUUCCCAGGAGGUCAAGGGCACCCCUGUCUGCCUCUUGCCGGGAAGCAGAACUUCCCAGAGCUGCCUUGAGCAGCUUCCAAAGAACUAAGGAUGGUGCUGAAAGGGCAAAAGGCUGUUGGGGGGUGUCUGCUAGCCGCAUUUGCUACGUAACUAGAUUGUAGCUCUUGCUAGCAAGCACAAUAACUGAUCUCUGCAGCAGGCUGAAAGAGUUACCUUUUUUUGUUGACAACUUUUGCUGUUUAAGGGCCUGUUGCCUCAAGCCUGCAGCAGUCUGAGAUCCAAAGUGGAGUGCAGAAAGAUGCUCUUGUCCCUCCUAGCCAAAGCUGAUGGAAAGGUUAAAGGCUGUGCCCUCUUGGGAAUCACGGGCUGGUGCAAGGCAAAGGAGGGUUUUUCCCAAGGUCUGACCAGAAAACUACCUGGCAUACUGCAUUCAGGCCUCUGUUUCCUCCUCCCACCACCUAAGUGGGGGAGCUCCCUGGGAAGGAAGUGUGCCCCUUUUGCAAGGCCCUAGGAGACCAAUGAGCACACUUGAGCUUUUUAGACUGUGCUUCCAGAGGGCUGAGCCUGGCUCUCAGCUGGAGAAGAGCAGGGCUUCUGGGGUACCUCAGUAUCUCAGCCACUGUGGCUUUGGUUUUUGAGCUUCCUAUUCCCCUUCCCAGGACAAAGAGGAGCUGAGAUGAAUGUGGGCUCCCUGCAGGCCAGCUGACUGCAGAGCUCAGUGCUGCUGCCGCUUCCACGCAUCACCUAUGCAAGACUAGCAAGCACACAUCAGGUUUCUCACAUGGGGAGGCUGGAGAGAGUUACUCUUUCUGCAGGGGCGGUGGUGCUGCUUGGGGAACCUAAGGGGUGGCUGGCUGGCCAGUGCUCACAGCCCUGGCAGCAGCAGCACAUGUCUGAGCCAAUGCUGGAGAAUCCUCUCUAGGCAAUACACAUUUUCUUCAGGCUCAGCGUGCCAUGGAACUGGGUGGUUCACACUAGUGCUUGCUUGCUGCUUCCCAGGCUGGGCCGGCAAGAGGGAGUAACUCUUUGGGAAGAGAGGGGACACCCCAAAGCUUCUGGGAGCCCACUAACACAUUCCAGCUCCAGGCACAAGUUCUGCAUAUCCGUGCUGCUGAUCUGCAGUUGUGUGCGUGGAGCAGUGCCAGGACCAAGGCUAUCUUUGAUUAGGGCAGGGUUACACUGCUGUUCUAUCUUACUGUGUCAGAAAUGUAGCUAGUUUUAUUUAAAAAGUGUCCCCUGAAGUCUAAGGAGGGCAUUUGAUCCUGGCUGGGGAGGCCAGAGGUGGCUCUUCCCAGGUUGGUCAACCAGCACCAUUCCAAGAAAUUACUGGGCUGUGAGAGGGCCUUACACUAAACAGCUUUUCCUUUUCCAGCUGCUUGCCUGAGGUCAGCCAUGCGCCACAGCCAAUUUUGGCUGGAGCCAGACUGGAAAGAGUCUUGACUCCUGGACUGCAAGCCAAGAGCCUGAGGGUGGCUGGCAUGGUCUUCCUUCUCUAUUCUCCUUCUUGAUUAGUGAUUUGAGCCAAAACAGAGGCAGCAGAGAGGCCAGGCCAUGCUGGGAGACGCCUCUGUGCUGGAAACCUGAGCUGUGGCAAGAUACUAUCUUGCUGGAGAGUGGCUUUGCUCCGGGAGGCACUGCAGGGGCUGGUUGCCCCCGUGUUUGCUGGGGGCUGGAGGGACUCCCUAGGCCAAGCUGGGCUCCUGAGCACUAAUGGGUGUUAGAAGGGCCUGGCCCCAGGGCUGUCAGCUGCUUCCAUCUCACUUUGCAGGGAUGCAAAGCUCCCUGCCCAAGCCCUGUUACUCAGCCUCUUGUCCCUGUGCCUCCCCAGACACACACCACCCAUGUUAAUGUUUUCUCUCCAGCCACCUCUCCUGUGGCUGCAGCCAGUGACACUUGCAGUUGAGUAGCCAAACCUUUGCCAGAGCAGCAAAUGUGGCCCCACAGGCUGUGUUCCCCAGGGUCCAGCUUGUUGCAGGCACUUGCAGAGGUCCUCCUGCAAGAGGAGCCAGGGAGCUACACCCUUCCCUGGGUGUGCCUCUAGAGACACCUGGGAGCAGGAGCAUGGCCAUGCUGCAGGCCGUGUUUGGUCGGGACCAGCUCAUGGAUCUUGGGGUGCAAUGUUUCCUACAUGAAUUACAGGGGGGAAGGACACCUCCCCAGGACUGCAGUUUCUUCCCUCAAACCCUUUUUCUAUUAUAGCAGUCAUGCUUAUUGUUUUAGGGCCUGUUUGUUUGC